UUCUGACCCCUUUGUCUCGCUGGCCUCGACCCCCCAAGUCAGUUCUGCACUGGAGGGGUCGGGGGGUGCGUCCGGGGCCCGCGGCCCCGCCGGGGUCCCUCUGGCGGUCGGCGGUCGGUGAGCAACGGCCCGGGGCUCCGGGCGCAGAAAAUCAUGAAUGAAAUGGAAGCGGGGCUCCCUCUCCCCCGCCCUCCCGGGCCAGGAAAGCUCGGCGCGGGCGCGGCGCCGGCGGGGACUCCGAGGGGAGAAGACGCCGGAGCUCGGGGAGUGUGGGAGAGAAACACGCUGCUGAUGAAUUCCAAGGAGGGGCCCUGGACAUGUGCUGCAGUGAGAGGCUGCCGGGUCUGCCCCAGCCGGUAGUGAUGGAGGCGCCGGACCAGGCCAGGGGGCUCUCGGACGCCGACGACGACAGCACCGCCGCGCCCAGAGAGAUGCCACCGCCCCCAGCUCCUUCUCCGCCCUCAGAGCCUGCUCAGAAGACACCACCUCCAGGAGCUGCCGGGAGCCACUCCCUCCCGGCGAGAGGCAGCCUGUGCCUGCUGGCGGCUUCCCAACUCCUGCUCGCCGGCGGGGUGCUCUGGCUCAGCGGCUAUGGCCCCGUCUGGACGCAGAACGCCUCCGACCUCGCUUCCUCCUGGCUGGCACUGCUGAGACAGCUGGGACCCAUGGCCUGGCUGGGCGUGGGAUCCUGGGACGCCCCCCACCUGCUCCUGGCCUCCGUGACUGUGGUCCUCGUCUCCACCCUGGUGUGGCACCUGCUGCGGGGUCCUCCGGAGCCCCCCGCGCCCCUGCCCCCCGAGGACAGGCGGCCCUCCGUGAGCCGCCAGCCCUCCUUCACCUACUCGGAGUGGAUGGAGGAGAAGGUGGAGGACGACUUCCUGGACCUGGACCCCGUCCCCGAGACGCCAGUGUUCGACUGCGUGAUGGACAUCAAGCCUGAGGCCGACCCCGCGUCACUCACCGUCAAGGCCAUGGGUCUGCAGGAGAGGAGGGGCUCCAACGUCUCCCUGACCCUGGACAUGUGUACCCCCGGCUGCACGGAGGAGAGCUUCGGCUACCUCAUGUCCCCGCGGGAGGAGUCGGCACGCGAGUACCUGCUCAGCGCCUCGCGCGUGCUGCAGGCCGAGGAGCUCCACGAGAAGGCUCUGGACCCCUUCCUGCUGCAGGCAGAGUUCUUCGAAAUCCCCAUGAACUUCGUGGACCCCAAGGAAUACGACAUCCCUGGGCUGGUGCGGAAGAACCGGUACAAAACUAUCCUUCCCAACCCUCACAGCAGAGUCUGCCUGACGUCCCCAGACCCUGAAGACCCGCUGAGCUCCUACAUCAACGCCAACUACAUACGGGGCUACGGUGGGUCGGAGAAGGUGUACAUCGCCACACAGGGCCCCAUCGUCAGCACCGUGGCGGACUUCUGGCGCAUGGUGUGGCAGGAGCAGACGCCCAUCAUUGUGAUGAUCACCAACAUCGAGGAGAUGAACGAGAAGUGCACCGAAUACUGGCCCGAGGAGCAGGCGGCGUAUGACGAGGUGGAGGUCACGGUGCGCCAGGUCAUCCACACGGAGGACUACCGGCUGCGGCUCAUCUCCCUCCGGUGCGGGACGGAGGAGCGGGGCCUGAAGCACUACUGGUUCACGUCCUGGCCCGACCAGAAGACCCCCGACCGGGCGCCCCCACUCCUGCACCUGGUGCGGGAGGUGGAGGAAGCCGCCCAGCAGGAGGGUCCCCGCUGCGCCCCCAUCGUCGUCCACUGCAGCGCGGGCAUCGGCAGGACGGGCUGCUUCAUCGCCACCAGCAUCUGCUGCCAGCAGCUACGGCGGGAGGGCGUGGUGGACAUCCUGAGGACCACGUGCCAGCUCCGGCAGGACAGGGGCGGCAUGAUCCAGACCUGCGAGCAGUACCAGUUCGUGCACCACGUCAUGAGCCUCUACGAGAAGCAGCUGUCCCGCCCGGCCCCGGAGUGACCCCCAGCUCCUCCGGGCAUCCCCCACUCCUCCCCCACCUCUCUGCUUCCUUCCCUCCUGCGGGCGCCCUCCCUGCCCCCCACCACACACACACACACACACACACACACACACACACACACACACACACACACACACACACAGCUUUUCCUUCUGUACAUAUCGGGGAGGAGAGUGGGGGCCGGGGAGGAAUGGUCCAGGCCACGCGGGGGCGGGGGGGUGCCCAGGGCAGGCCCCCUACCACACACACCUGGGACCCCCGGUUUUUCACAAUGGUACCGGCACUACUUGAUCCAAACGUGUUCGUGCCGUGCUGCACCCCCGUGUCCUCCGCAGCCUGUUUUGUCCGUCCGUCCACCUCUGCCGUCUGAACCGGACACUGUGUCUCCUGCCGCGCCCCCACCCCCGCCUCCCAGUGGGCAGCGAGUGUUUUGCCCCCAGCUGUGGGUUCCAGGUGGGGAAGGGGGCGGGAGAGCCUUAGUGCCCACUUUUAGGGAGUUCCAGGGCGGUGGGCAGUGAUCUCUGGAGGGCGCAGCAGGCAGGGGGUGACCCUGUGGGGCUGUGGAGAGCGGGAGCAGAGGGUCUUGGUGAGUCCAGGGGGCACCCGGGCUGGGUCUGUGUGAAACCUGUUCCCGUCACUGCGCGGACCCUCCCCCUCCCGCCUCGCUGCGUGCCUGUCGCUCUGCGUGUCCUGUGCCCACGCGUGUGCUGGGCGCCCUCGGCAAGGCCUGCAUGCCUCUCGGCCACCUGUGUUCUCUUGGAGCCACGUGUUUUUAUUGCUGACUUUAAAUAUUUAUUCCACGGCAAACUGACAUUGGGUGUCUUUUUUAUAAUUUGCUCGUGGUCACUGAAUAGAGCAAUAAACAGAGCAUUUUGAGCAAAA